ACAUUCUAUCUUACCUUUCCGUGGUGCGUCGUCGUUUGUUAGAACCAUGCUUAUGUUCUCUGUGUUGUAUCUGCUGCGGGCGCUCAGCGGUUAAGUAUUCUAUGCACACUCUUCGAUCAGAUUAACUUUGCGCGAACACAACCGCCCAAAGAAGGGAGUCGGAUUCGCUGUCUCGCGGAUAACGAUUAUCUUCGUCUGCCUGUGAUCGCGGUCCGCUGCAGUUUGUUUACGUAGGGCAGUGAGCGUGAGACGGUGGUUGAGCAGAUCCACCAUUGGGGUAGGAUGAAAGAGCUGGUGAAUAGAAAUCUGCUGGUGUGAGAAGUGAGACAGAGCGAGAAGGAGAGUGCGAAAUAGAUGAGAUGCUAUUAAAACCAUGAAGAGUGGCAAGGAAACAAAGGAUGGAGAAAAGAGUAAACGACCCAGGAAGAUCGGUUUCGUUGAUCCGCAGGGUGAUUCCGAGGGAUCGGAUGGUAGGAAAAGCUCCGAAAAGACCUAUCGAAAAUCAACCUAUCCCCGGGAAAGCAUGAGUGCCAUGGCGCGUAAAUCAUCUGUACUGAUACUGUCCCGCUUAAUGGGACCGGCGAUGACUUCGUCCCGAGCGGACAGGAGCCUUUACGAUCGUACCAGCAUGUACGUCGUGCCUCGCUUCCAAAACACCUACCGUCUCGAUUCGAGAAAUCCUUUCCGCCGUGAAGCAAUGCGAUCGCUGAUGGAUCAUUUCCUCAAGUCAUACCUGGACGAGUACAAGUACGUACCGAAGCGUGCCAAACGGUUGGCGGAAAAUUUAAGCGAAGAGCUACGAAAUCAAUUUAAACUGUGCCAUUUCGAACGGUACCGUAUUGUGGUGCUCGUUACGGUGGGCGACAAGAAAAUGCAAGACUUUCGGUGCGUUGCACGAGCGCUGUGGGAUCCGGAGAAGGAUGAUUGCCUAAGCUGCACCUACGAAGCACCAGCCUUUUUCGUGGUGGCUAGUGUGUGGGUUGUAUAUUUCGAGUAAGCUGCUAACACGGCGUGCUGCGGUGAGCGUUAAAUUAAAUGUUUUCAAAUACCGUA